AUGCCUGAGCGUAAGCCUGAUAUCGAGGCUACUGAGCCGGGACUUUCGUCCUCGGGCAACAGCAGUAAGACCGACCUUGGAACUACACGCCACACGGAGGACGCAAACCAUGCCUCCAGUGCGCCACGAAAAGCUUCUGUCGCCGCAAAGCUACGCAACCCCCUGACUGGAUUUACCGAAGAACAAGUCCUUAUUGACGUCGAAACAUGGUGUGCUGAGAAAGGACUCACUGAAGACCUCGACUCGUUUCGUAAGGGCGCUUUGAUCGCUCGUGUGGGACAGCGAGAUGAUGGGUUCGAGUACGUUAAUAUCCUCAGCGAGGAGGAGAAAGAAUGGCUGCGACACGAGACUACACACCGCUGGAGUCAGCCUUUCAUGCUGUACUUCCUGGUCGUACUUUGUGCUGGAUCUGCCAUCGUGCAGGGUAUGGACCAAACUGCCGUCAACGGUGCUCAGCUCUUCUACUUUGAAGAAUUUGGUAUCACAGAUGUCUGGCUCCAGGGUUUGCUUAACGGUGCCCCAUACCUGUGCUCCGCUCUCAUCGGUUGUUGGUCGAACGCGCCCCUCAACAAAUACUUUGGACGUCGUGGUACCAUCUUCAUUUCCUGCAUCAUCUCGUUCAUUACUGGUAUAUGGAUGGCUGCGGCCAACAACUGGCCUAACCUGCUCAUUUCGCGAUUCUUUCUCGGUUUCGCCGUCGGAGCAAAGUCCUCGACCACUCCCGUCUACGCUGCAGAGUCUGCGCCGAAGAAUAUUCGUGGUGCUUUGACAAUGAUGUGGCAGAUGUGGACCGCAUUCGGUAUUAUGUUAGGUUUCAUCGUAUCUGUGGGCUUCCAAGACACCGACUUUCUCGGCCCGUACUCCCAAUGGAGGUGGAUGUUGGGUAGCACCAGUAUCCCUCCUUUCAUCGUAUGCAUUCAGGUCUACUUCUGCCCUGAAUCUCCGCGAUGGUACAUGGAGAAGGGCAAGUUCGACAAGGCAUUCCAAUCUCUCUGCCGCCUCCGAAAACACAAGAUCCAGGCUGCGCGUGACAUGUACUACGCAUACAAGUUGAUCGAAGUGGAAGCCGCCGAGCGAGAGGGUCGUAACCCAUGGAAGGAGUUUUUCGGUGUGCGCCGUAACCGCCGUGCCGCACAGAGUGCCUUUUUCGUCAUGUUCAUGCAACAAUUCUGCGGUGUCAAUGUCAUUGCCUACUACUCGUCGUCCAUCUUCAAGCAGGCCGGUUUCAGCGACUCCGAGGCCCUCCUCACCAGUAUGGGUACGGGCAUUACCAACUUCGUCUUCGCAAUUCCUGCCAUCUAUACCAUCGAUACUUUUGGUCGCCGAAACUUGCUUCUUACAACUUUCCCACUUAUGGGCAUCUGCUUGUUGUGGUGCGGCAUGUCUUUCUAUCUUCCUAAUAAUGCUGAUGGAACCCCCACUGCUGGCCGUCUUGGAUCUAUUGCAGCUGCGAUCUUCACAUUCAUGGCUGUGUACUCUCCAGGAGAAGGCCCAGUGCCAUUCACCUACUCCGCUGAGGCUUUCCCACUGCACCUGCGUGACGUGGGAAUGUCAUUCGCAACUGCCGUCUGCUGGGGUUUCAACUUCAUUCUCUCACUUACAUGGCCUGCGCUCGUCAAAGCCUUCUCCGAACAGGGCGCGUUCGGUUGGUACGCAGCGUGGAACUUCUUCGGCUGGGUGUACUGCUACUUCCUGCUCCCUGAGACGAAAAAUCUUACUCUUGAAGAGCUAGACACUGUGUUCGAUGUGGGCAAUAAGCAAUUUGCAAGUUACUACAGCGCAAAGCUGCCGUGGUACUUCCAGAAGAACAUUCUGCGGCGGGACGUACCUCCCAUGGAGCCGCUGUACGAAUUACAUGACGAGACUCUUGCGGGAGAAGACUAUUCUACUAGAGCUGCUCCCAGCGACGGUGCAGCCGCAUAUGGCGAGAAAAGUGCAGAGAACGACCCCUUUCUUUCUAUAUUCUCAAACUCAAUGGCAUCAGAAGUCCGACCAAAAGUGCUGCUGUUCGGUGCAGGCAGCGUAGGUGCAGUUUACCUCUGGCUUCUAUCCAAAGUUGCAGACGCCACUGCAGGUAUCCAAUUUAAGCCCAGAGUUGUCCGUAGCUGCGAAGAAGCGGCGUCCGCAAACUCAGGUAAACCGUACGACUACAUCGUCGUCUGCAGCAAAGCGAUUCCCGGACUGGUGCCAAAGCUCAUAGCGCCCGCUGUCACGCCUGGGAAGACGGCCAUUGUACUCAUCCAAAAUGGAGUUGGAAUAGAACAGGAGUACGUCGACGCUUUUGUGAGCACGCCAAUUAUCAGCACCGUGGUGUACAUGCCCGCAACACAGCGCCCAAGUGGUGUAAUCAAACACGGGGAGGUAGAGAAUCUGCAAAUAGGCGCUUUCCCUUCUUCCGCGUCGCCAGGACCUGCUAAGGCCUUCACUGAGCUCGUGAAAGCUGCUGGCGGAACUGCAACUUUCUUCGACGAUGUUCAGGCAAAGCGCUGGUACAAGCUUCUUAUCAACGCUUCCUGGAACCCAAUUUGCGCGCUUACUCUCAGUAAAGACACGGACAUACUCCAGAGCUGUAAUGAGGCCUCUGAUGUCCUUCUUGCUGUCAUGGUGGAGAUUCAGAACAUCGCCGAGGCCCAUGGGCACGCGAUAACGAAAGAGGAGGUAGUGCAUCAGCUUGGUCGGGCUCAGGCAAGGAUCCCAACCAACGCCGGUAUUGAGCCAAGUAUGCUGCAAGAUGUGCAGUCGGGUCGGAGAAUCGAGGUUGAAGCGAUUGUAGGCAACGCGGUGAGGAUGGGCAAAGCGAAGGGAGUAAAAUGCGACCGGCUCGAGCUGAUUUAUGUGCUUGCGAGAACGUUGGAUCUGCAAAUAGAGAAGCGCUAGUAUGAUCAGUGCGGUUGUUCGCAUUCGUUAACCAAACAUACCUUUACUUCUGAAUUGCAAUGCCAAGAAGGUGGCGGACAUGCAGCGCAUUAUGGAUGGCGGAUUGCGAUUUAGGAAUUUGGCGGUAUCAUGGUGGGGAAGGAGAAUAGGGAGAUUCGACUUCUUAGGAUCGUCGAGAGCAUCGAGACUUUAUAGGGUUAUCAAAAAUUUGCCAGGAAGUACUGGGAAAGGACCUGGAUCACGACCAAUUAGAA